CAUCCCUCCAGUCAACAGCGGUAGGAAAAUGGAGGAGUACGCACGUGAACCAUGCCCCUGGCGGAUUGUCGAUGACUGUGGUGGUGCCUUUACCAUGGGAGCCAUCGGAGGCGGGAUCUUCCAGGCGGUCAAAGGCUUUAGGAAUUCACCCGUUGGGAUGAACCACAGAUUGCGAGGUAGCAUGACUGCCAUCAGGACCAGGGCCCCUCAGCUGGGAGGCAGCUUCGCGGUGUGGGGAGGCCUGUUCUCCAUGAUAGACUGUGGGCUGGUGAAGGUUAGGGGCAAAGAGGACCCCUGGAACUCCAUCACCAGUGGAGCCAUGACAGGAGCCAUCCUUGCAGCAAGGAAUGGGCCUGUUGCAAUGGUUGGCUCUGCAGCGAUGGGAGGCAUACUGCUGGCUCUGAUAGAGGGUGCUGGCAUCCUUCUCACAAGGUUUGCCUCAUCACAGUUCCCAACUGGGCCCCAGUUUGCAGAGGAACCUGCCCCCAUGUCUGCCCCCUCCUUUGGGGACUACAGACAGUACCAGUGAAGAUUCCUUCACCCCUGUGCUCCCACCAUGAACCCAUGUCUCAUUGAAGUAACACUGAAGAACUAUGGGAAAUUACCUGUAAAGAACGUUUAAAAUCACAAGGACGUAUUCCAGGUUGGGAAACCAACAGAAGGACUGCACUCUGCUGUUUCCCCAACCAUUGGCAGCACUUGCCUAGCCAAUUUCAGCUUUGCAUUUUGCAUACAGUUCACUCCUCGCUGAUUCGAAAAUGCUGGUGGGAGACACAAAAAUGGAAGGUUUUUUAGAAAGGCAGUUUGGGAUGUAUUAGGUGCCUGGCGUCCUGCAGAUUCAGUAUGAUGCGUUAAUGUCAUGGGUGGCCCACUUGUGUGGAGUUCCUCACUAUCACUUAUACUUGGCACUGUCGGAACUGGUCCAGAUAAGUGGAACAACUACCCAACUCAAACUGACAGGGACCCAGCCUGUCCAUGACAGGCCCGUUCAGAACCUGUAUUGUAAGUGUAUUGUGGAUGUACAUUUCCCUAGUGGUUUGCAUGUACUGAUUGCUUGCCUUAAUGUUGUAUUUCUUGUUCUUGUUGUCAUGAUUUAAAAUGACACAUUAAUGCAGAUUUUUUUAUUUAUUGAGGGAAGGCAUACAUUGCAUAUCCCACGUACCACAGCACUCAUUUAUCAGUAGCAAUUUAUUUAUUUUUUUAAGUGGCAGAUAAAGAUCAGCUGGAGAACCUUGUGUCAGACACAUUUCUACAUGUGAAUAUCUCAAAACUGUUAGGAGUUAUGAAGAAACUAAGGCUGCUGCAGGAAAUGGAAGGAUUUACAAUGGAUUUACAAUUUAGAAUACAAACCUAUGGAUUAACUUCAGCUAUAAUAGUGCAAGCUUUGUUCAAAGAUUGUGACUACUAAGAUCUGUAUGACAGAUUGAAAUAUAUAAAUAAAAUGUAUUUAGUAAAAAA